UUCAACCAGCUACUGUUUUAUGAAUAUCGAGAAUUCGGACAUAGUACUCCUUUGGCGUACUGCUUUUCGCCUAUUGUGUAGUAUAGCUAUUCAGACGCAGCAAGGUGUCACUCUUUUUAUUUAUUUAUUUAUUUUAAACAAGAUUGCAGUUAAGCGAGUUUUGUUUGAAGAAGUUAAUGAAUGUCAGCUUGAGGCACUGGAAAUAACCAGGGGGGAGUAUUUGAUAUAACAACUGUAGGACUGACUGUAAUAUCCAUAAUGCCUGUAUUGAGUAUCCUUGGAGGCAGUCCACCCAAAGCUUCAAAUUCUGUUAUCUCUGCAGUCCCAACAUUCUUCCAACACUUUCUGUACAGGGUGUAUUUUGAGAGUGUCCUUUCAGAUGGCAAGUGGAGAAGAGUCAAACAUUUCUAGCUACUACUUAGAUGAGAAGGCUUUCCAUCUCUGCUGCAAACUUUUCCUACAACACUCAGGUGUCAUAAGAGAUGGAUGGAGCUGGGCAGAGGUUAAGGGUGGUGAAGAAGGCUACAUAAAAAAGACUGCUAUAAUGCCUGGAAGAUUCUGUUCUUUGCUUAACCACAAUGCUGAUGAUAAGAUGAGUGCUCUGACACAAGCAGAUGAGCUGGAUGAUGAGGCAGCUGCGGCUUGUACAGUAUGUGAGAGCCAGGUUUUAAUGCACUAUGAAUACCAUGUUUUAUACUCCUUCAGUCAUCAGGUGCCUAUACUCUACUUCAGAGCAUCUACAUUAGAUGGACAGCCUUUGUCCCUUGAUGAGGUUUGGAUCAAUAUUCACCCAAACUACAGACAAAGACUACUACAAGGACCUUGGGAUACACUGACUCAACAGGAACACCCUUUACUAGGCCAGCCCUUCUUUAUGCUCCAUCCUUGUCACACUGAGGAGCUUAUGAGACCACUUAUCAUAAUGGCAGAUGCCAAAAAAAGGUGGUCCACAGAGGUGUCAAUGCAAUUGAAGAACCCCAUCAUUAAGCUGAAAAACAAAACAGACCUAUCAGAGAGACAGCAGAAACUUCAGGAGUGGCCAAUUCAACAAUUUGGUACAUUCUUAAGAAAGGAGGAAUGCACUGCUGAGCUUAGCAACACCAAAAGGCCUGGAAGACCACAGAAGACGACUAAAGUGGAUGAUCACAGAAUUCUUUCCUGGUUGAAGAAAAACCCCUUCACAACAUCUAAACAAGUCAAGAACACGCUUGAGGAGGAAAGUGAACUACAUUGCCACAUGGCUGAGUGUGGUAGGGCCUGUGGUGGGAUUGGAUGUGCCACUUAGCUAUCACACAGCAUUGACUGCUCCUAAUUGACUCAUGAACAUCCCACUGAACUGUUAGAGCUUAAUGAUCAGUAUGCUCCUUUUAUCCUCACGAUACCUCUCAUCAUCUGCACAUCUGGUGAAGAAGUGGAAAAAAAGACAUGAGAGAGUCUCUUACACGGCUCUUGCAACUCCUACGAUUUCGUUCAAACAUUGUCAAUUAAUUUACUUAUCGCCACUGACUAAACUGAGCUUUCAAAAUAUGCCCUUGUAUCCUUUGUAUCUUUAUUUUUUUCUCUUAUAUCUUCAUUUUUGUGUAUUUUUCUUUUUUAUUUAAACAGACAUGAUAGAUAAAAUUGACAAAAUUGACAGCA